AUGGCUCCUCCAACCUCCAAGACAACAGCCGACUCACCAGAUUCUGGAGCACCGCGGAAACGGCGCCGAACUGCCCUGGCCUGUGAGGAGUGCCGCGAUAGGAAGCGAAAGUGUGAUGGAGUCAAGCCUAUUUGCGGAGCAUGCAAAACCCGUUCCGACCCACGCUAUGUUCAAGAGCUCAAGAGCCGCGUCAGAGAGCUGGAGGAUACACAGAGGUUAGCGGGUACCAUCAAUGUUCGCAUCCCUCCACCUGAGGGUGAACUCGGUGACCUUGGGGUCUUGCCAGAAGACUCUCCGGCCGUGGUGCUCGCCGUUCAAGAUGAUUUAGGCGACCACAAUAGCACUCCAAGCGAGAGACCACAACAUGACACAGACCAGAUUGUUUCCGUCCCUGGUGAUAAUAUGCCUGACGAGACGGAAGCACUGGGAGCUUACCACCUAGGGAUACCCUCGCCGUUGGAAUCCACAGCAGCACCUAUCGAUAAUGCUUCAGAGCAAGCGUCUGCACCCUGGGUCGAUUUGAGCUUUGGUCAACUUUCCGCAUUUGUGUCUCCCCCCAAAGAUGAUCCCCAAGAUGAGAUCGACAAACCAGCUGUGAUCGACACAGGGGCAGGACAGCCCGCAAUGGACGCCAUGGGAGUUGUCGUGUUCAUACACAGUACAGCUCCCCAGUCGUCAAAACACCCAACUGAUUACUUCGGUCCCUCGAGCACAAUCAGCCUCCUGCGCGAGGCGCGGAGUGUCAUGGGUCGACAGAAUUCCGGGUACGCGCCUUGGUUGCUUGGUAAUCUGGACCGCGGCUCGGCGGGCAGAAAUGAUACCGUCAUGUCGACCAGCGAGCCAUCUCCCAUGUCGUCUAUAUGGUUCAACUACGGGCCCGACAAGUUCCAUCCCAUACUUGGGAUGAACGUCCCCCCUCGAGCCGAGGCGGAUCGUCUCGUCAACCUCUUCUGGACCUAUGUGCACUCUCUAUACCCCUUUCUACAUUGGCCGUCCUUCUACGACCGCUAUCUCACACUAUGGAGUCCCCAAACAUCUUCACAGGCAGACAGAGCCACCUGUUCCAUGAAUGGAUACUACAGCACCAUCAAUGAGUCCUUGUUUCACUGCAUGCUCAAUGUCGUCUUUGCUCUAGGCCUUCUUCACAAUACGGAGCUCAGUCAACAAGAACGGUAUGAUAUCAGCUUUACCUUUUUCAAGCGCUCAAAGAGCCUCCUCGGCCUUGACUUGCUAGAAAGCGGAAGCACACCCUUGGUACAGGUGCUUCUUCUUAUGGGCCAGUACCUCCAGACCAGAGACAUCACAAGUUCGUGUUGGAACAUCAUUGGGAUGGCUAUUCGUGUCGCUCAGGGAAUAGGACUUCAUCUUCAGCCAGAAGAGCGAGAUGAAGGUGACACUGGCAACUAUCAAGCAGCCGACCAGCUCGAGGAGGAAAUGCGCCGGCGCGCUUGGACUGGGUGUGUGUUACUCGACAGAAUUCUCUCACUUACAUAUGGACGCCCCCUCAUGAUACACUCAGGUGUCGCACACAGCCGACUCUUGCUUCCAUCGUCCAUCGAUGACGAACUGUUGACACGAUCUCCCCAUAGUCCAGGAGCUCAACCAAGGGACAUGCCCAGCCGUGUGGAAUGCUACAUUCACGCCAUCAAACUGCAGGAUAUCCUAGGCCAAGUUCUCACUUCUUUUUACCACCAAGGCUCUGAGGAUGAGGGUGUAUCCGGUCAAAAGGCAGCCGAUGAGUCACGACGCAAGGGUAUCAGCAAUGCCGGGCUGCAAAAGCUACUUGACGUGGACGGCCAGCUUGAUGAAUGGAACAGAAACCUACCGGCGCAUCUGCAAGCCGAUAACUACUCGACCGAACACUCGUCUCUGGGCGGUCCGCGGUCCAAAAGAUCAACCAUUUUUUGCCGACAAGCUACGGUUCUCAAAGCAAGGCAAGUUACCUCUGUAUCUUCUAGUGCGGCGAAUUCGAGCAUGCGACAAAGCAUGCUGAUAAAGACGGGAAAUCUGUGUGCGUCUGUUGCACAAGAACUUGUUCAUCUGAUAACGGAAAGCUCACGCUCCCGUGCUCACCUCCUACCACCGCCCUGGUAUAACGUACUUUCGAUCGCCAUAAUGACGGAGGGGACCAAGAGGGUAGAAUGA